CAUGACCAUCGAAACAACCACUCCUCCUUUUCUGCCUCCUUUUCUGUCUCCUGAAUUCGCCUAUAAAGUCUUCUGCUCGCUGCCCUCCCUUCUGACCUCCUCACCCACUACCUAUAGUUACUUAAAGUGACCGUUCUCUACAACCCCAUCACAUUACCUACGCUUAUCUACCUACCAACCUACUUUCAACAAUGUUGUUCCAGUGCUCCGCUCUCUUCGCAGCCGCUGCUGCCCUUCUCGCCAAGACCGUCCUCGCUCAGGAGAACGCCAUCCUCGCUCCCAACGCUGGUUCCGGGAUUGUCGCUGGUCAGGACUUCCUUAUCCGCUGGUCUCCGACCACCACCAGUUCGAUCACUUUGACUUUGAGGAAGGGUGACCCCAAUAACUUCGACACCAUCGGCACCAUCGCGUCUGGUCUCAACAAUAAUGGCUCUUACACCUGGGCCGUUCGCGACACCUUGACUUCCGGCGACGACUACGCUGUUCAGAUUACCGAUGACACGGAUGAGUCUACCAACUACUCUCACCUGUUUUCUAUCGUUUCCGGUUCAGUCUCUUCGUCCGCAGCGGUUUCGGCUUCGGCUGCGUCUUCCUCCGCCGCUCCCGCCUCCUCCGUGACCACCACCGUUGCGGCUGCGUCUGUCAACGCUACCUCGCCCUCCACUACCAUGGCCAUGUCGACCAUUACUGCUCCCGUCGCCGUUAACAGCACUAUUGCCUCGUCCACUAUGUGGUCCCGCUCCAACUCCUCGACGAGCACCAAGCCUACCAGCAGCGCCGUCGGAACUGGUAACUUCACUACUUCUUCCAAUGGAACUGGCGUAGCCACUGGCCUUCCCAUUGCUUCUUCCGAGACCAAGUUGUGUGUUGGUUUCCUUGCUGUUAUGGGAGCGAUGGCGAUGGUGAUGUUCUAGACGGGGAUACACUGACGGAUCCAUUCUCUUCUCAUAUUUCCUUAUUCCUUUUUCUUUACAGGGUGUUUCAUACGGUUAUAAUUCUUUCUUCCGAUCACUUGGCAGCUCUUUCGCCAAUUGAAUCGUCUCUAAUACUCCUGUCUCCUAC